AUUUCUUACAAUAUCUUUGUGUUAUCUUGAAAUUCCCAAGCAAUUAUCGAUUUGCAAGCAAAAGAGGAUUCUUUGUUUUGUGUGAAUUUGUCAAAAAUCCAGAUUUUUCCUGUGUUCACAAGAACUUUUUAUCUGACGCUCCGAAUUGAGAGUUAAAAUGCCUCGAAAGCGUAAAGUACGCGAGGCCAAUGGAAACAGCGCGCCCCCUCAGAAAAGGCAACCGAAGAAUCAGAGACUUGUUGCCAUUGUUCUCCAGGCACAAGAUACAACUUCCAGGCAUGAUAAGUUGAUAAAAGAGCUCCAAACGGUUUAUGGGAAGAGCAAUCAUGGGGAGUUCCUGAGUGACUUCCUGAUAAUCAUGCGAUCGACAAUGGUGCAUGACAUUAAUAAUGAGUUUUCCAACAAUAUCCUCACCUUCUGUGCUAAAUUCGUGGCAGCGUACAAUACUGAGGAGACCCAUCCAAUCGUUGCGGAUGUCUUUGGCUGGAUCCUGUCGACCUCCAGUCGGGAUGUGAAUGUUCGUUUCCGGUUGUGUGAAUUUGUGAAUCUUGUACUGAAAUAUUUGGGUGAUGACGCUGUUCUCGAUGAUAACAUUUGCGAUAAUAUCCUCAAGUACAUGACCGACCGGAUGGGUGAUAUAAAUGCCAAUAUCCGGACGCAGGCUGUCUAUGCGCUGCAACGCCUCCAAAUACCCGAUGACCCCAAUGAUGUCAUCCUCAAGCAAUACUUCUUCCACUUGGGUACGGAUCCAUCGGUGAAGAUGCGUCAGGCCAUUGUGACGUCCAUUGGGCGCAAUAUGAACACAAUGCCGGCAAUUAUUGAGCGUCUCUGGGAUGUGGAUGAGAAGAUGCGUCGGCAUGUUAUUCUCCAGAUGAGUACACAUCCCGUGCGAUCGUACAAGGUGGCCGAACGCCUGACAUUCCUCGAGCAGGGUCUCAAUGAUCACAGUGAACUCGUCCGGAAGGCCACAACCAAUGUUAUGCUGCCCCGCUGGGUGGCUUCGUACGGUGACAACUACAUCACCUUUGUGGGUGCCCUGAAGCUCGAUACAAAUGACAAAGAAAUGCAGAGAUUCCGCAAGUGUGCUAUUCAAGCUCUCCAGCAUAUUUUCAAGAAGGACACUGUGAGUAACAUUGUGACUGCAUUGGGAUUUGCGGCACCGGAAAAGCCCCGAAAGCAAUCAGAUGAUGACGAAGAGGAGGAAGAGGAGAUGGAGACGACUAAACCCGAAGAAUUUCCCCGGUGUGUUCCCCUAAAGUCGUUGAGCAUUGAAGUUGCCGUGUACUGGGAAGCAGCUGUUUCGUACCUCCAGGAGGGAGAUUUUGACGAAUUGAAUGCCAUUUUGCCGGAAUUGAGUACCUUUUGCCAGUAUGUGGAGAAGUACUGUGAGAGUAUUCACUUUGAGACUGAUAAAUGGCAACAGAUGAAGAAUCAGUAUAUUCUGCUGAGUCUACUGGAGAUUGUGGCAAUGUAUGAUUUAGGUGAUGAAGUUGGCAGGCAGAAUUUAAAGAAUCUCAUGAGGACAAUGCUGACAAAGUAUGAAUUCGAUGAGUUGAAUAUUUCCGUUAUCUCACGAAUUCUCGAGCAAGUUUAUCCCAUUUCUGAUGCCCGCCUCCAGACGGUGGUGGACAUUGUUCAUGAGAUCCUUCACAUUGGCGAGAGUACCGUGACAAUUGAUAGCGCAAUGGAGACGAGUGUGCUGAAGGAUGCGGGAAUUGAUUUGAAGUUGAAAGUGUCGGAGCUGAAGGUGAAGAUGAUGGAUCUCAAGGAGCAGGAGAAUGCGUUUGUGCAGAAAAAGGAUUAUGCGAAUGCACAGAAAGCCACAGAGGAGUGGGCGUUGUGCAAUGAGGAGUACAUAAAGCUCCUUCAUCCACUUAUAAUGGCCGAAACGGACUCUGCAGUGUCCAGUGAGAGUAUUUUCAAGGCUCCGGAGAAGAUAACAACGGAUAUGAUACUGAAAUGCCUACAAAUAACUUUUUACACCAUCUCGUCGAAGCACACAAAGAGCAUCACACCGCAGGUUGUAAAUCUCUACAGUGAAUUCAUCUGUCGUCACAUGGAUUCCCAGCAUGCAGCUACGCGUGAAUGGGCCUUCAAGUGUGCCACAACGUGCAGUAUGUUGUACAGUAUGUUGGCAAAGGAGGUGUCACGGAAGUUAUCUGAUCAGUUUGUAAAGAAUCACAACAUACGCAUUUGGACGGCAGCCAUUGAGUGCCUGUUUGAGCUAGUUGAUCGGUAUGGGUUGGAAUUUUUCGGUGAUACCCCAUCUGAGGAGGACACGACAGUUGGGAAGGUCACAGGGAAGAAAUCCCGUCAAUUGUUCUCAUCGUCGCUCCUUGAAAAUCCCGAACAGGACACAUCACUCAGUGUUGUCGAAACUUUUGGGCAUUUGUCGCAUUUGCUGGAGAAUUGUGAGCACAGCUCCAUUGUUCAGGCACUCAUAAUGGGUUUCUGUCGUUUUGUCCUCCAUGGGCACUACACGGAAUCCAACAUUGUGUCCAAACUCAUGCUUUUCUACUUCAAUCCCGCCACUGAACCGGAAAUUAAUCAAAUUCUCGGGAUUUUCUUUGAAACUCUCACGAAGGAACGGAAGCAGGAAUACCUCCAACCUGCUCUUCUGCCAACACUCUUCAUUAUCUUCGAAGCACCCAUUGAUAGUCCAUUGCAGGAGAUUAAACCGGAAACAGUGAUGAAGUUUGUGAUUGAUGUCACACAGCCACAGUAUUGUAGUCCUGGGUUGAAUAUUCACAACACCAUUGGGAUGUCCUUCAUUAAUGCCAUGCAGGAUAAUGUGACGCAGAAGGAGCUGCUGAAAGUCCUCUCAAAGGGACUCCUCAUCCUCGAAAUAUCCGAUGAUCCGAAUUUCCGUAAAGAUUUGAAGAAUUGUUGCGAUCAAUUGCUAAAAGUAACGGGUUUGGAUGAGAAGGUUGCCAAGAAUAUUUCCAUCUUUAAGGAUGUUCUCGAUGGCAUUAAGCGCCCUUCGUUGACUUUCUCCUCCACCCGCAUGACAGGAUCCCUUGCAGCUGAAAAGAAGGAUUCCGAUGGUGAGAGUGAAGAAGAAGGUGAUAAGACAGCCGAAAUGGUACAAACUCCCAAAGAUCCCACGCUUGGGACAAUAGCAGAGCUCACGGAGGAGCAAAGUACUAUCCUGGAUGAUUCUGAAAAAACCGAGAAUGGUGGGGAGGAAAUUUUAGCACCGGAAACACCAUCAAUCAAUGGAAGUCAGAAUUUCUCAGCAAUCGGUGAUUCAGUUUCCCUCUCCCAAACGCAGAAAACUCCUGGGAAAUCUCCUCAGCAAUCAUCUCAAGCUUCCGACAAUUCAGAAGUCAUUGAGGCUUCUUUUGAUGAGACAGUAGCUAGGCGUAAGGGUGUAAGUGAUGCUCGAUCGCAGCUUAAGCGAACGCUUGAACCUCAAGCCUCCAGCCAGAGAGCAAAGGUCACAAGGAGUACUGUUAAAACAAGAACAGGUACAAACAAGGAGGAAGCAUUGAAGAAAACAGCUGGAGAUGAGAAGAAGGCAACAGUCGAGAAAAGAAAUUUGCGAGAAAAGACUACAGCAGGAAUAAAGAAAACUGAUCCCAAGGCUAAGAAAGCAGUUCCGGAAAAGAAAACGGCCCAAAAAGCAGAUCUAGGGAAGAAAAAGCUUCAAAGAGGAAAGGUAGUUGAAGGUGAAACUGAGACAGAUGAAGACGAAAGCGAAACGGAUAAUAAAACGGAGACAGAAGGUGAUGAAACAAAGACAGAAGAAGAUGAAUCAGAGGCAGAAGAAGAAACAGCUACAAAGGGAAAGAAAUCAACUACGAAGGUACAGAAACCAAGUGCAAAGACACAAAAAUCCGAUUCAAAAUCAAAGAAAGGAGCUACAAAGAAAGCUGAUGAAAAAGACGACAAGGAGACAGAAGAAACGGAUUCAGAUGAAGAGAGUACAGAAGAAACCGACAAGGAUACCGCAUCAAAACGUCAGAAAGCAGCAAUUAAUAAGAAGAAAGCUCAAGAGAAAGUUGAUCCGAAGAAGAAGCAACCAGAGUUGUUGUCUUCAAGUACAAAACGAAUUCAGCGAGGUCGAACUGAAACUUUAACUUCGUCACAGGAAACAUUGACAAGUCCUGUGGUACGAACAAGACGAGGGGCAACUAGCAAGUCUUCGUCUCAAGAGUCAAUCACUAAGACUCCAUCUAAACGGGGUCGACCUGCAACAAGAACAAGAGUCCAAGAAGAACAAUCAUCUGCGUCAAAGCAGCAGAAGAGCGUCACUCCUUCUGUGCGAACUAGGAAACAAGAUGCAGGUACUAAAACCCCAUCUACAAGGACAGAAAAACCGGUAUCAGCCGUCAAGACGCCUCUGCAGCGUACAAGACUCGAUGUAUCUGAGAAAACUCCGACAAGGACUAAGUCAGUAGGAAGUACGAGUAAGACUCCUUCAACAGCAGUGAAGACUCCUACAGCAACUCCUUCAGCCGCUUCUAAGACAACUCCUAUAGCAGCUUCUAAGACCCCUGUUCACGCAACCAGACGUAAUCAAUCUGAGCAAACUCCAACAAGAGAAGCCAAGACUCCAUCUUCUGCGAUAAAGCGCGCACAAACUAGAAAUGAACCACCCACGAAGAAGACUCCAACAUCCCUGUCUCAGUCUUCAUCAGCUAGCAGCGUAAAAUCUGGUCCUACAACUCCAAAACGCGUCAAGAGUACAGAAGCGAAGAAAACUGAAACAGCUGAGGCGAAUCCACACAAAACAAGACGAGCUGCAGCUCAGGAGUUUGCAACGAAGAAUGUCAUGACGCGCAAACGUGUACAGCAGCUCUCACCAACUCCCUCACAGCUUCGAUCGCGUUCACAAGAUGUCAAAGGGGCAAACAAAGUGAAACAGACGACCACAAGGUCUGUCAGUUCGUCUCAGGAGUCUCUCAGUGGGCGUUCAAUGAGAUCAGAUCGUAAAGGGAAUAAUACAAAGAAGUAGGAGCAAGACUCGAAUCUCUUCCUUUUCUUCAAUUACUUUUAGUUAAUUUUCUUCAAUUAUUUUUCUUUCUUACUGUAGGACAUUGAUUGUCCAUUUCUGGCUUAAAUAAAUGAAAUUCUUUGUGAA